AUGCUUCCUCAGCGAAUUGUAAGGGCUUCGGCUCUCCGGUCGGCAUCGCUGGCGUCGCUGGCAUCGCGAAGAUUACCCAUCAUCCAACAACGCACAUUCCUUCCAAAGUCACUUAACGAUCGCGCAGUCGUCGACGAGAAGUUCCCAGAUAGGCCAGUACUCACAGAUGCUGAAGAUCCGGGCAUGAAUGGUGGCUAUAUCAACCCCCCGGCCAUUAAGCGACAGUUUCGCGAUCCAUACGGAGACUGGUGGGAUAAGCAAGAGCGACGAAACUAUGGAGAGCCAGUCCAUGAGGAUCAUGACAUUCUCGGCAUGUUUUCUCCGUACGAAUACACAUGGGUCUCCUCUGGAAAAGGAUUACUGCAAAUUGGCGCAUUUAUCGCUACCUUCGUCGGAGUAUGUUGGAUGGUGGGUAGGGUAUAUCCCGACAAACCGUCUUUCCCCCGGGAAUUUGAAGGUGGCCUUGAACGAGAACUAGGCGGUGCUGGUGCUUUAAGGGCAAGAGCUCCUGGCGACCCAGAACCGUAUCAAAUUGAAGAGGCGGAAGAAGAGUAA